AUGCCGGAGCUUUGCGACAUCACCUACUCACGCCAGGAAAGCAUCGCCGCAGUCCGUGGUUAUUACCAGUUUCUUACCACCCUGUACCUGAAGGAGAGCGAUAUCCUGGAGCCGCCAGAAGGAGGCUGGCCCUCGGUUACCCCUAGUGCCAUACAACAGUUGGGCAAGACGGACGAAGUCGGGUCGCUGCUGCGGCAUCUUCCCUAUAUCCGCCGGCCAGGAAAUGGCGAACCCCAGGCCUUCCCGUACAGCCAAUUUGCAAAUUGGGAGGCUUCUUGUACCUACGUAAAUCAGGGCAGGUCCAAGCUCGAGGGCGUUAAAUCGUGCUCAGAGGGCUAUUACGAGAAUGAUGUGCCGCCUCAUGUUGUUAGCCUCACAAGUGGUGGGCGGAAUAAUUUCCCCAUUUUCCUCGAUACAGAGCUUGGCGUUAUUUAUUGGCCAGAGUGUCCCGGAGAUAUUCAACAUGACUCUGAUGCCCCCUGCGAGCGAGUCUGGGACGACCCGUACGAAUACGCAUCGAUGAGUGAGGCGGAGUGGCGCGCCGAGGGUGCAUACUGGGCCAUUCCAGACUUCUUUGAGAUUCUCAAGGAUCAGUUUCGCCGUCUGCUCUUCGUCCCCACUAGUACGCUCACUGUUGUCGAUGUCCAUCAUUACCACGAUUCGUCUGGGUUUAUUGAGUUUUUGCAAGGGAUUUAUCGAGAGCAUGGCUGGCCUGACCUUGAACAAUACAAUAAGUUGGAAUGUCUUAAAGAUAUACAAAAGCGGCUGAUGGAGAAGUAUCCCGACAAUGUGGACCCUGACGAAGACCCAAACUUAUAG